AUGACUUCUAACUCGAGAAGUGAUCGAAAUUCCUCCGACAUGUUUUACGGUAACUUUCCCGAAGGUUUAAGGGUUUUGGUCCUCGAAGAUGAUCUAUCUUCUCUCCUGAUGAUGGAGGAGCAACUUCUAAGUUUCAAAUACCAAGUCACGAAAUGCCAUGAAGAAGAGGAGGCACUUUCUCUUCUAAGGAACAAUCCCGAGAGCAGAUUCGAUAUGGUCAUCAUCGACAUCCAUUACAUAUGCAAGUUUUGGUCACAAGAUGGAUCAAAGAUUAAUCUUCCUAUAAUCGUGAUGUCCUCCGAAUAUUCGGUCGAAUCGGUGGUCGAAGUCAUGAAGAAAGGUGCCUGCGACUACAUAACAAAACCGGUAGAGUUCGAUACACUGAGGAUGAUAUACAAGCAUGUGGCCAAGACAAUGGUGGAUAAUGCCGGGAUCAGAAACUGUAACAAGAGGGUUGAGGAGGAAGAAGAAGACAAUGCCUCGGCCUCGGCCUCGGCCUCGAAGAAGCGGAGAGUGGUGUGGUCCCCCGAGCUCCGAGAGAAAUUCUUGGACGCUGUGAAUCAACUCGGGCUUGACAGUGAGUGA